GUACACCUAAUGUUUUGCCCCACAUUCACCCCGCCACUCGGCAGUCGUGUCCCUCAUCGCGCUCAGCUCUGUUGAGCUAACUGUAAUUCAAAUUCUCACUUCAACGCGCCACUUGCAUAGUAGUACGCUCUUCAACUUGCACUGAAUCACGUACUGUUCUUCGCAACCAUUCAAAUCCAUUCCUGAGGGCUAAUUGCUCGCGUAACCCUCGAACGCAACCGACAUGAGCACAACAGAAGGACAAGAACCAACUCCCACCAUGGCCCGACUAGAACUCACCCUCAUCGUCGCAGCGACGUCGAAAGUGGGCAUUGGAUUGAACGGUACACUACCUUGGACCGGAUUGAGGAAGGAGAUGGCGUAUUUCAAGAGGGUUACUUUGAGGUCGGGGGAGGUAUUUAUAUUCUUUUUGCUGGAUGUAUAGACGGGGGGCAAGAGCGGAUGAAGGGGAAUGGGAAUAUAGGGAAUUGGCUGAUGUAUACGUAUAGGGAAGAAACGCAGUAAUCAUGGGCCGCAAAACCUGGGAUAGUAUAUCAGAGAAAUUCAGACCGUUGGGUGGACGGUGGAAUGUCGUUGUUUCACGAUCGAUGCCUCACUCCCCGCCCUCCUCCGAUGACGGCCCUGAAAUCGCGUCCUCUCUAGACGCUGCGAUAUCUCUGCUCUCUUCCUCUCACGGCACCUCUGGGAAGCAAGUAGAGAAGGCGUUCAUCAUCGGUGGCGCGCAAAUCUAUAAAGCUGCGCUGGAGAGACCCGAGACCAAACGUGUGUUGUUGACUAGGAUUCUGGAUGAGUUUGAGUGCGAUACUUUUUUCCCGAUUGUGCUUGGGGAGAGUGGGGUUGGGGAGGGGAGUGCGGUGGGGUGGAAGAGGAGGCCAGUGGAGGAUUUGAGGGCUUGGACGGGGGAGGAGGGUGUUGGGGGGACGGUGGAGGAGGGGGGAACUAGGUAUGUCUUUGAGAUGUGGGAGAGGGAUUGA